AUGGUGGCCGGAAUGGUGAUGCCCUUGGCGGACUUGAGGGCCAUCUACGAGCUCCUGUUUCGUGAUGGCGUCAUGGUGGCCAAGAAGGACAAGCGGCCCCAGACCAAGCACCCAGAGAUCCCCAGCGUGGGAAACCUGCAGGUGAUCCGCGCCAUGGGCUCCCUCAAGUCCAGGGGCUACUUGAGGGAGACGUUCGCCUGGAGGCACUUCUAUUGGUACCUGACCAACGAGGGCAUUGUUUACCUGCGCGACUACCUCCGUCUGCCUGCUGAGAUCGUCCCCUCUUCCCUGCAAAGGGUUCGCCGUCCAACAGGCACCUUGGCCAUUGCCCAAAGGGCAGCACGUGGGGUCCAGUCAGUGGACGGCCCCACAUCUUAUGUCCCCAAACCUGGCAAGGAAGAAAGUCAGGAGGCGAUGGCUGAGCGCCAGGUCUACCGACACAGGAGGAUGGGUGCAGCCGAGGAGGAAGGCCCCUCUGGCCAGACGCCAAGGUUCAGAGGUCGCCCGAUGGCCGCCGAGACGGUCAGACCAAGAGCAUCAUGGGAAUCUGAGGCCAUGGCCCAGCCUCCCCUGAGGAAGGGACGGGGCUUCCGCACUGAGGCUUCAAUGAUGGAGGAAAGCCAGGUGAAGAGGGCCUCCACAGUUACCUUCUCUCAGAACACUGAGGCUAGUAGCAGUAAAGCAGUGGUUACCUCCCAGGAGAAAAUCAUCACUAAGGUCCACGCAGAAAGGUCCCAGGUGGUUCUGGUUCAGAAAACACAUGAAUCACAGGCCAGCAUCAAGUUCAGUCUCUUCCAAAAACAACCCUCCCAUUAGCUGUAACUGCAGUAGCUAGUGCUGCAGUAGUUGGGGCUGCAAGCAGUGAAGGUCUCAGCUGAAUCCUCUCUCAAUAAAGCAGGUAAAGAGAAGCCCAAGAAAGCUGCAGCAGUGACCAUCUCUGAGGAGACCCCCAAAGUCUCAGCUGAACCUGUCCCCAGCAAGUCAGCCAUUCCAGCACCCCUGCCCCCUACUAAAGAGAUUAAGGAGGAAAACAAAACAAAGGUGAAGGAGAUUCCAAAACCCAAGAAAGUGGCAGAAAUGACCGUCCCCCUAGAGACCCCCAAACUCUCAGCCGAACCCCCCAAAUCACUCAAAGUUGACAUCACUGCUCCCUUACCAGUGGUCAAUGGCAAUGACGGUGUUGUCACUGAAAAGGUUAUUGAAAAGGUUAUCGAAACUAAAAAAGUGAUGAUUGAAGAUGGCUCCAAAUCAAAGAAGAAGAAAAAAUCUCCCGGAGAAACAGAGAAGGCUGUGAUUGCUGACGAAACACCUGUCACAAAGGUGUCCCCAGAAAAAGGACUGAAGACCCCCGAGGAAGAGACACAGGAGCCCCCCAAACCCCCACCAGCUAUUACAUCGUCAACAAAGCCCAAGGGACCAGAAUCCACUAAAGAAACUAAGGCUGAGGUUAAAAAAGAAACUAAGGCUGAGGUUAAAAAAGAAACUAAGGCUGAGGUUAAAAAAGAAACUAAGGCUGAGGUUAAAAAAGAAACUAAGGCUGAGGUUAAAAAAGAAACUAAGGCUGAGGUUCAAGAAGAAACUAAGGCUGAGGAACAAAAAUCUAAUGAGGCUGUUCAUCAGACCCCCAAACCAGCAGUGGAACAGAGCAACACUAAACCUGUAGUAUCACAAGCUGCACCCCAUCCCAUUGCAGCCCCUCCAGCUGAGCCUCCAGUCACUGUCCAAGUGCAGGAGAAGGCUGAGACGACCAGUAAAGUGACCUCAGGCUCAGCUGGAAAAAUACCCCACAGGUCAGAGAUGAGUGUCACAAAAGUGGAAACGGUGACAGUGCAGAAGACCAUAAAGACGGAGAUGACACAGGAAGCCCUCAAACCUGUGGAGAUUACCUUUACACUUCCACCGCAACCUCCACAACCUGCCAUAGUGCCAGAGGCUAAAGCCCCUAUAGAAACAGCUGUGGUUGAUUCAUCAAAGACAAAAAAAGCGAAAAAGAAAAAGCAGGUUUCUGCCCCAGACCGUGAGACCACAACCACAAAACCAUUAUCCCCACCUGCAUCUGAAACAUUAUCACCAACAGAGGAGGUGUCGAUGACCAGGGCCGCCAUUAAGGUUGACCUCCCAAACACCCUCGGGGGAAAAGUAAUGGACGGCUCUCCAAAGAUACCUCCUGAAAGAAUGUGGUCUGAGGAAACCAGCAUGGCAGCAGCUGUGCAGGACUGGGGCCCCUGCUUUAGACAAAGGAGAGGCGGAGUCUUCCCAGCUCUCUGCUGAAAAAAUCAAACGGGAGGACCCGAAACCAAAAACCCUCUGCGAGGGAAGCACCCCUUGCAGCCGGAGAGACAGCGUCAGCCGGAGCUGUGGCACGGGCCAGCCUCCACACUGAGCAGGGGGAGCUUCCCAGAGUUGUUGCACAACACUCAGCCACUCUAGCAGCAGCACAGAACACAGAGGAGGAGAAGGAGAAACGUUUAUCUGUUCCUCCCAAGGCCUCGGAAAAGGACAAGGAACCCCCACAGACCACUGCAGCCACCGCCCCUCUGCCAGCACAGCCUCACCUGGAGGACACCCGUGACCAGUCUGUAGACGAGGCCAACAUGAGGAAGAAGAUAGUAGUGGUGGAGGAGGUGAUUGAGGUGCAGCGCAUCACUAGCCCGCAGGCAGUGGCUGGAGGAGAGGUUCCUCCUCCUGUUGUACCUGAGAUAACAGGGCAAGAACUGGACUUUGAUGUCCUGCAUGCACUGGCCAUCGAACGGGCUCUCCUGGCCGGGGGAGCGGUGGUCGACUCCGCCCAGAGCGCCAUCUCUGAGGAUGACUGGGACCACUCUCUGGACGUACCCGAGGAGAAGACCUUCCCCAACUUCAUAGAAGGUUUGAGAGAAUUUCUUGUUUCCCCCUAG